CAGAUCAAAAGUAUAAUAUACAGUUUCGUCAAUAAUCAUAACAAACAUAAUACACAGAAUGUGUUGAACUACGGAAUUAUAAAAACGGCAUGCGUAUACAAAGAAAAUGGUUUCGAAUGUUGAAAAACAGUUGGAAACGAAUACGCCGGCGGCGUUUGUUGCUCAUCAUCAGCGUGUUACUACUUGUUUUGUGGCUAUUCAUCCCGCCAAAAAUGUCAGCAAAAUCCUUGUCAUACUGUGAACCCAUUGACGUAGUCUAUACUUGGGUUAAUGGUUCCGAUCCUGCAUUUACUGAAUCGGCCCGCCGGCAUAAUCCCUUCUAUGAUCCCGCACGAUUCGAUGACAAAAACGAACUUCGCUAUUCAUUGCGUUCCCUCGAAAAAUAUGCCUCCUGGGUGCGACACAUUUACAUUGUCACUAAUGGCCAAAUUCCACAUUGGCUCGAUCUUAGCUGCGAAAAGGUUACCGUGGUGCCACAUGAAGUACUCAUACCGAAGCCCGAACUGUUACCAACAUUUUCUAGCUCCGCCAUUGAAACGUUCAUACAUCGUAUACCACAGCUGUCACAACGUUUCCUCUAUUUGAAUGACGAUAUUUUUUUAGGUGCACCACUCUACCCAGAAGAUCUGUAUACUGAGUCAGAAGGUGUGCGUAUUUACCAAGCCUGGAUGGUACCAGACUGUGCUGACGACUGUCCCUGGACGUACAUUGGUGACGGUGCAUGCGAUCGGCACUGUAAUAUUGCGAAAUGUCAAUAUGAUGGAGGGGAUUGUAGCAUUUUUGGAACCGGUAAAAGCGAAGAGGAUAUGCUAGCACACGAUAUUAAUGAGCAUGAAAAGCCAAAUAACCUAAAAUCGGUGCAAAUAAAUGCAACGACCCACGGAGAAAUAAGACAUUUUCCGUUACGAAAAAAAUUUCGCAACAAGAAGCACUCUGCGCAACGUAAUGGCUCACACUUUCGAGAGCUUGUUCGACAUAAAAAUCUCAGUACACUUGCGGAGUUAAGGAAGAUUGUUGACAAUUAUAAUAACCAAAUCAAGUCAGAUGCUCAUGCCAAGGAACAAAUCCUAUAUACACCCACCCCUCGUGCAACAAUUAAAUAUGGAGAAGAAAUAGUAAAAACGUUAAAAAACGAUUCGAGCAAGGAUAUCUACUCACAUUCCCUUAUAUACACAAACAUGUUGCUUAAUCGGCACUAUGGGUUUAAAGCACGUAAUGUGCUAGCGCACGUCGGUUUUUUAUUAGAUCGAAACAUAAUAAAUGCGAUGCAAAAAAAAUUUGCUAACGAAAUUGACAUUACCAUCUCCAAUCGUUUUCGCUCAACGGAUGAUUUACAGUUUGCUUUUAGCUAUUACUCAUUUAUAAUGAGUGAAACCAUCACUUUUACGGUGGGGCAAAUAUUUGACGAAUUUGAUACUGACAAUUCGCAUACAUGGUCGGAUCGCGAAAUACGCACUUUUUUGGCACGUAUGUAUCCUCUACCUCUAGAUUGGUCAGCAGUUCGUUUCUUCGAAGAGGUGGUAGGCAACUGCUCGCGAGACUUGGAUAUAACUCAUAAAAGUACUGAACAGUAUACAACUCUUGUUUACGAACGUUAUGAAGAUUCCAAUGUGCCGACUAUUUCGCGUGAGCUAGUGGAACACUGUCAUUUGUUGGCAGAAGCAUUGGAAUCAAAUUUUGCCACACGUCCUAAAUACAAAUAUAAUAUAAAUCCAAAGCGUUCUAUCCACAAUAAUUUUAUGAUGCUAACUUCCAACGUCUCGGACGUAGUAGAUGGAUUUGAUAAAAUACGACGUAAUCCAAGGAAAUUUAAUUGUAUUAAUGACAAUUUAGAGCCUCACCAUGUAGAAGAUAACGAACUAAUCCGGCAUUUGUUGGAAGACUUCUACCUUUCUUUCUUUCCUCGGCGUAGUAGUUUUGAACUGCAAUAUGAAUAUCGGAAUCGCUUUACCACUUGGCAUGAUUACCAACGCUGGCGAAGACGUAAACGUGCUGCCCUGGUUGUAGGAUAUGUAGCCAGUGCGGUACUUAUAUUAUUUAUUAUACGAUUUAUAUGCAUACAUAAAGCGAAAAUUGUGCGUCGCUAUGUGCAAAACCUGUAACUAUUUCCAGUAUAUUGUGAUAUUUUCGAAUAAGUUGAAAAUGUACUUAAUGACAUUAUUCAAGGACCCAUUGCAAUAGCAAAUUUUGCAAUAUAGUGUAUAAUAAGCGCAAAAGUCAGGAUAUUUAUAAUCAUAGAUCAUUAAAUGGAUUUGAUAUUCAAUUUAAGCAAAAUACCUACAUAACAUAUGUAUGAGUAUAUAUACACGUAUACUCAAAAAAGAGGCUUAUAAAUACAUACGAUAUUAAAAUAAUU